AGAGGGGGCGGCUUCCGGCUCUAAGAUGAAAGAUGAGAGACACUACUUACUAGUAGCGAGUGAGAGUGAGUUGCAAAGAAGUAAAAAUGGCUGCUGCCCUGAUUUCUCAGAGUCUAAUAAAAUAUACUACUAAUAACAAUGAUAAUAACCGAUUUGGGUCAUCGUUCUCUAGUAUUUGGAACCAAUCGUCGUUGUUUAAUCGUCUGCCCCCGUCAACUAGUUUGACAUUUUGUUCGAAAACAAGAUACAGGCCACGACAAUCCGGUUCACUUGCUGUUGUUUCGGCUUUCAACUCGUACGACGUGGUAAUAGUUGGUGCUGGAAUCAUCGGAUUGACUAUAGCUCACCAGCUCCUGCUUCACUCCGAUCUGUCCGUUGCUGUGGUAGACGCCGCUGUCCCUUGCGCCGGCGCCACCGGUGCAGGACAGGGUUACAUAUGGAUGGUACACAAGACACCUGGUACUCAAAAGUGGGAGCUAGCAAGUCGAAGCCGUCUUCUCUGGGAGGAGUUUGCACAAACUAUGACACACCAAGGCCUUGAUCCUCUGCACUUACUUGGCUGGAACAAGACUGGGAGCUUGUUAGUUGGUAAAACUGCUCAAGAAUCAGUCAUCUUAAAACAGAGGGUGGAUGAGCUGUCCAAGGCUGGGUUGAAGGCGCAGUUCUUGUCAGCCACUGAGCUGCUAGUACAAGAACCUGCGCUUGCGCUUGAAAAAGAAGGUGGGGCGGCCUUUCUACCAGAUGAUUACCAAUUGGAUGCUCGACAAACAGUUGCUUAUAUUGAGAAGAUUAACAGACAGUACACAACUGCAGGAAGAUACAGAGAGUAUUAUCAUGAGCCUGUGAAGUGUUUGCUAAGAUCCGGUAGCAGAGGAGAGAUUACAGCUGUGCAGACUUCUAAGAAUACUUUGUUUAGUAAGAAGGCUGUGGUGAUUGCAACUGGUUGCUGGACAGGGUCAUUGAUGCCUAAUUUGAUUCGUGACUUGGGAGUGGAAUUGUCAUUUCCUGUAAAACCACGAAAGGGGCACUUGCUUGUGAUAAAAAACUUCGAUUUUUUCAAGCUGAACCAUGGUCUUAUGGAGGCCGGUUAUGUCGGUCACCAAAAUGCAACCUUAGAAUCCGCUGUUUCUGGUCCAUUAUCUGUGAACCAUGCAGAAUUCACGUCUAUUUCGAUGACAGCCACAAUGGAUACAAUGGGAAAUCUUAUACUUGGAAGUAGCAGGCAAAUACUUGGGUUCAACACAGAUGUGGACGAGUCCAUCAUCAAUUGCAUAUGGGAGCGAGCAGGGGUGUUUUUUCCUUGUUUACAAGAACUUUCUCUUAAAAGUCUUAGUGAAAGGCGGAACGUACGAGUAGGAUUAAGACCUUACAUGCCCGAUGGGAAGCCAGUAAUAGGCCCAGUUCCUGGUUUGUCGAAUGUAUUUGUUGCGGCUGGACAUGAAGGAGAGGGGCUCACUUUGGCGAUGGGAACUGCUGAAAUGAUAACUGAUAUGGUGCUAGGAAAUCAUCUGAAAGUUGAUCAUAAACCAUAUGUAGUGCAAAGUUGAAGUUGUUAAUUUGGGUUAUGCAGAAAACCCAAAUUAACAUGGUUUGGACGGCCUAGUGAUAGUAAUGCGUAGCUUUUUGGAAUAAUUGUUUGAGUACGGGGUUGAACUCCAUGUAACAAUAAAAUUUAAUUGAAUUUUAAUAUUUAUUAUAAAAUAAUUACAUUUUUGUUA